AUGGUCUGCACUCCGAGCCAGGUGUGUCGCUGUCCCGUGUGCUCGCGCCAGCUGCUAGCUCCUCCGGCCUGGCGAGCUGGCGCUGUGAGCCUGGCCGUGCGGGAGUCAGCUCCCCAGCUUUCUGUGCCUGAUCUGGCCGGGCGCAUUGUCGAGGUCCCUGCGCCAAGGUCCCUACAGAUUCCACCGUCCGCAUCCCUCGAGCAGCCGAAGCCUCCGCCAGGGCCCAAGGAGGCGACGAGCAGCCCGGCAGAGCAUCCCCAGCAAGGCUCCGCGCCGGCGCUGACCCCGCCUCUCCUGGUCGUCGUCUUCCCGCAGUCUGCACAGGAACCUGCUGCUCCGCAAACGCCGCUCGCGCUUCCGCAAACGCUGCCUUUAGCAGGUGGAUUGGAGCUGGAAGCUUCGAGCUGUCAGGUCGAUGUGGCUCUGCAGCCGCCAGAGGCGCUCGCAGACACAUCGCGGGAGUCGCUCAGGGCACUUGGUUCUGUUUCCAGCUCUGUGGACCACGAGCUGUUCCCCGAAGAGGCGCUCGCACCCCCCGAGGAAGUUUCUCGAUCAGCUCGCUUGAAGGCCUCAUGGGGAGGAGGCGAGGUCGCGCGCGAGGCCGCUCUAAGAGCGGCCUCGAUCGUCACCCUGGAGGCACCGCCCCAGAACGUUACAGAGCGACAAGAGGAGCUACCCUCGCCACGCAGCGCGCCCUCCGAGUCUUCCGAAGGUCCGCCUCUACCGGAGGUGCACUCGGCACAGGAGGCGCAAGCCGCGACACUCACUGGCCCGCCGACGGGAGUGUCGCAUCGCGAUGCCGAGUCCCAGACUCGGCCCCCGGACGUCCUCGGGCAAAGCUCGGAGCCAGACGCAGGCCUGCCGCCGGGUGCCUUCAGCCUCAUCCGGAUCACCAGCAUGCGGAAGCGGCAGGCUCAACGACGAGCUGCCGAGCGGGCGAAGGCCCCCGAACCGAAGGAGCGCGUCUACCGUGCAGCCGCCUCGAUUGAUGCAGCCAUGCGCCUGACGAAGCGACCCCAACGGCCAGCAAUGACGGUCCUGCGGGAUCCGAGGUAG